UAUAAUUUGUUUGCCUCCGCGUUUAUUCUCUCAUUACUGAUAUCACUGCAGCUUUCUUCUUCUUUGGGAAGCUGCAGCAGUCCUGUCUUCUCUGUCUGUUGGGUUCUAAACGUCAGCGCCUCCGCGAAGAGACCAGAUACCAAGAUAUGGCUGGACAGCAAUGAACUUACACCCAUAGGAAGUAAAGGCAAAAUUGUGUCAGUGAUGGUAACGACACUGGAUGUACAUACAUUACGCGCGGAAUAUGAAGGAAUCUCCCACGUGUGGAACUUUUCAGUUGUUUCCGAUUCCAUCAAUGUGAGCAGUGCGCACAGAACUGCGUAUCUCCCCCCCAGCGGAAGUGGGGAAGCUCUCAAGGCAUUCCAGCCAAAUGAAGUGUUUCCCUGUGAAAACGACACUCAUUAUCUCUACCAAAAGGAGGACUUUAUCAUUGCACUUGGCCACACCCACCGCUUUCCACUGAGGGCGGAGUCUCGGGGUGCCUCCACGCUAUUGGUCUCCUGGCGAGGGAGCCCCCAUGUCCCCCCCAACCCCCUGCACAGAGUGGUGCUGUACCGGCCGGACCUGGAUGGCCUGGCGGUCCUGUGCAACGAGACCACGCGCAGGGGGCACUACCGAUUCGCUGGCCUGGACGGCUGCCGGAGCUACGUGGCGUGUGUGGAGAUGGCGCUCGGCCCCGCAGUCCUGUGCCUCACCGCGCUGACCGCAAACUCUGAAAUCAUAAACCUACACCAGUCCUCCUUUGGCUCCCGCAACUAUACGGUGAGCUGGUCCGUGCAGAACAUCUCCUCCAUCUCCAGCUUUAAGGUGUACCACCAGGGGGAGCUCCAGAGCUCCACGCUCUUCACCUGGCACACAGUGACAGGCCUGCUUCCCUGCCACCAGUACAGCUGCAGGGUGGAAGCCCUGUGUGGGGACAGCACGGUCAUGAGCGUUAGCACCAUCCAGACAAAAACAGGCCCUGGUGAAGUGUUGGAUCUCAGAUUUAGGCAGAAGGACUCGACAGCCCUGUGGAGCGGCAGGUCUGGGGUGGGCGUAGCCUUCUUGUACCGCCUCUCUGAGAGGGGUGGCCCGAGCGUCCGGACGGGGAGGCAGGCCCCCCCCCUGCCUCUGCCGGGCCUGAGGCCUGGCUCCUCGUAUGACCUGGAGGUGGUGCCAGAGUGCGAGGGUGGCGAGCGUGGAGCUCCAGCUGUGCUCUACUUCAUCCCAGAGGAAGUCCCUGGCAGUGCCCCCAACGAUGCCCCUGGAGACAUCCUGCUACCCAGAGUUGUUGACUCUGCAGACCAAACAACAGAUCGCCUCGGACUGCAGGUUCACCUCCCCAGCCAUGAAAUGUUCCUUGUUGUGCCAUGGACAAUGCCGCCAUCGCUGGAGGAUCCGAGGGCAGAAGCUCGAGUCCUGCUGGAGGGCAUUAUUAAAAGCAAGCUGCAGAACUUACUGAGUAAGUUCUGGCCAAAAGCGGAGGUGCAGCUGAUCUCGUUUGAAGACAGCGAGAGGAAAACAAAAACCAAGAUCACUUUUGAAAGCUUUGAUGUUUCCAGCCAGGAUGGGGUAGUGAUCCUCCGCCCUGAGGAGCAGCUGCAGCAUAUUAUCUCUCUCGGCCACGCCCACAUCACCGUCACAGACGACAGCAUCUACUGGGACGGUAGGUGCGAGACAUGCUGGGGGAUUUGUGUGUGAUGGGUAGCUGACAGAGGAAUAUUGGCUGUUCUGUUCCCAGUGAAAUAAAACCCUUGAGACUGUG